AUGACUCAGACAGUGACAAGAGAAGGAACGCUCAAAUUUCAAAAUGUGUCUAUGAAUGCAAAAGAGCAGCAAUCAGACAGGUUAGAUCUGAAAUCAAACCCGAUUUCAGACCGUGAAAACGGCGCUGAGGCGCAUUCUGCGACAUCGGGAAACUCCAUAGUUUCAAUGAUUAUCUGUGUUCUGGGAAUUUACGCUUCGUUUCUCACAUGGGCAGUACUCCAGGAACGAAUCUCAACAACUCCUUAUGGUGCAGAUGGCCGGGUUUUCAAAGCUUCGCUGGUAAUCAACACAGUUCAGUCUGUUUUGGCUGCUGUGGUAGGAUUCAUUUACUUAGAGUUCAAGAAAAAGGGUGAUGAUGCAAAAUAUAAUGCUUCGAUAUUUCCCAAUAGCAAGACUGUUCAGCAGUAUCUAUUAGUAGCAGUUUGUCAAAGUCUGGCCAGCCCGUUUGCAUAUGCCAGUCUCAGCUACGUUGACUAUCUCACUCUUCUGUUGGCCAAGAGCUGUAAGCUGCUUCCUGUCAUGACACUCCACUUGACCAUCUAUCGAAGAAGAUAUCCACUUUAUAAGUACAUGAUUGUAUUAGCCAUCACAGCAGGUGUUUGCAUGUUUUCAGUUUUCCAUUCGUCGACGAAAGCCAAAUCGGCAUCGUCAGCAGCAUCUUCUGCAUCGUCAUCCUCAUCACUCUUCGGUUUCCUGCUCCUCGGUAUUAACCUGUUCCUGGACGGAUUCUACAAUACCACACAGGAUCACAUGUUUCACACUAACAAAUCCAUCACCGGUCCUCAUAUGAUGUGUGGACUUAAUGCCAUCUCUGGAGCACUCACGGCCCUGGUACUAAUAUCUCCCUUCACCAACCAGCUUUCUGAGGCUAUAGACUUCAUAUCUCUCCACCCACGCAUUCUCUACGACAUCUUACUCUUCGGAAUCUGCGGUGCCUUGGGCCAGGUGUUCAUUUUCCACACGCUCGAGAAGUACGGAUCCAUCAUCCUCGUGACGGUCACUGUCACCCGUAAAAUGUUCUCGAUGCUUCUCAGCGUCAUCUGGUUCAACCACAAACUCCAACUCGGCCAGUGGGCUGGCGUGUUCCUGGUGUUUGCUGGUAUCGGCUUUGAAGCGUGGCUCAAGUACUCCGAGAAGAAGGUCAAAACCAAGUAG